UCAAGCCACCCAACGCCACCUCUCAAACCCUCCCAUCACCACUUCCACCACCAUGCAACUUUUUGCCUCAUCAACUUUUUUGCAUUCUGAUUUUGUUCUUCUUCUGAUUCCAGUCCUGCUGCUCUUAGGCCUUGUCCUCCAAUGGCGCCACCCCAAGCACAAACGCCUCCCCCCUGGCUCAAUGGGUUGGCCUUACAUAGGAGAGACCCUCAAGCUUUAUACUGAAAACCCAAAUUCUUUCUUCUCUACCAGGCAAAAACGGUAUGGAAAUAUUUUUAAGACGCAUGUAUUGGGGUGUCCUUGUGUGAUGAUUACAAGCCCAGAAGCAGCAAGAAUGGUUCUUGUGAGCCGGGCACAUCUGUUCAAGCCGACCUAUCCAAGAAGCAAAGAGAGAAUGAUAGGACCGGAAGCAAUAUUUUUCCACCAAGGGGCCUACCAUUCAAGGUUGAAGAAGAUGGUUCAGGCUUCCCUUUUGCCUUGUGCAAUAAAAGAGUCGGUCUCAGAGAUUGAACAAAUUGUUAUCAAUCUUCUCCCCACUUGGAAGAACAACACCAUCAACACUUUGCAAGAGAUGAAGAGGUAUGCUUUUGAUGUGGCAAUGAUUUCAGCCUUCGGAAACAAAAGGGACUUUGAAAUGGAAGGAAUUAAACAUCUGUAUCAAUGCCUUGAGAAAGGCUACAAUUCCAUGCCUCUUGAUCUACCUGGAACUUCCUUUCACAAAGCCAUGAAGGCAAGGAAGCUUCUCAAUGAGACAUUGAAAAAAAUGAUAGAAUUAGAGAGAAGGAAGAGUCCUAAAGAAGAUAGUGGUGGCUUGUUGAGAGUAAUGCUGGGAGCAACAGACCAGAAUAAUAAGCUUAAUUUGCAGCUUAGUGAUUCUCAAAUUGCUGACAAUAUCAUUGGGGUCAUCUUUGCUGCUCACGAUACCACUGCAAGUGUCCUAACUUGGCUCAUUAAAUAUCUCCAUGACAACGCCGAUCUCCUAGAAGCUGUUACUAGAGAACAAGAAGGAAUUCGAUGCCAAUUAGUCAAUGAGAAUCGUGGGCUUACGUGGGAUGAUACUAGGCGCAUGUCCUUAACUACCAGGGUGAUUCAAGAAACUCUAAGAACAGCAAGUAUACUGUCCUUCACAUUCAGAGAAGCAGUGGAAGACGUGGAGUUCGAGGGUUAUGUUAUCCCUAAAGGUUGGAAGGUGCUGCCUCUAUUCAGAAGCAUUCAUCACUGUGAUGAUUUCUUCCCUCAGCCCGAAAAGUUUGACCCUUCAAGAUUUGAGGUUCCACCAAGACCAAACACUUUCAUGCCGUUUGGAAAUGGCGUGCAUUCUUGUCCAGGCAGUGAGCUGGCCAAGCUUGAGAUGCUCAUCCUCCUCCAUCACCUCACCACUGCUUACAGGUGGCAGGUGACGGGAGAUGAGGACGGGAUACAGUAUGGCCCUUUCCCGGUACCCAAACAGGGAUUACCAAUAAAAGUAGUCCCAAGAAACGAGAAGGCAACUUAAUCAAGCUAAGCUUCUGGGUUCUUGACGGCAAUCCAAUAUUUUCCAAUGGGGCCAGAAGCAAGCAUACCCCAUUGAGCCUUUUUUACUUUAAUUCCAUGUUUUUUCCUUUUUCAAAUCUGUCAUUGGGAAUCCUAUGUUUCUUCUACCUCAGUUCACUUGGGUACGUGGAUUUGUCCGGUUUGCUAGCUAGCAUAAGAUCAUGAUCUGUCAGUGUCAAACUGUGAAUCUAAAUGUGUGAUAGAAAUGUGAAAUGAGAAUUUUCAAAGCACAAAUUAAGAUGUGCGCAUUAUUAUUU